AUGGCUGAGAAUAUUAAAACAGACAGCAAGAGUUGGAUGUAUCCGAGGUUCGUGCAGAUGUUGAUUGAUCACGCUUAUCCUGAGAUUGACAUAAACAUAAAGAAUGAUUUGUUGAUACAAUCACACAUGAGCAAUGAUUCACUUAAACAGCUUGUGAGAUACCACCCGAAUCACCCAGAACCGAAAGUUGGUGCUGAAUUCUUUGGUUUUAUAAAAGAUGCAAACUACGCUGAUCCAGAUCCAGUUGAUCAUCAGAACUGGAGAAAUGAAGCUGAAAUGAAAGAGGCAGCGUAUGCUGAAGAACUGAAAAUUCUUGAAGACUUCAAAAACACCAAGAAUGAAUGGUAUGUUAAAGAAACAGGGAGAAGACACAGAAAGGCCACUCCUAUUGUUCAAAAGACAGGGCCAACUGUGGAAGCUGAAGUUGAGCAUGUUGUGAAUGUUGAAGCUCAGAAAGGGAAAGAUAAAGUUGUUGAUGACAAUGAGGGAGAUGAUGUUGAUAAAGAUACUACAAGCUCCUCGAGUUCUUCAGAAGAGGAAGUUGAUGAAACUGAACGUUUACGAAGAAUUCAGGAGGCAACAGAACAAGAAAAAUUGCUAAGGAAGAGAAAGAGACAGGAAAAGGACGAUGAUGAUGUUUAUGUUCCUUCUCCAGAACAUGUCUCAGAGUCACAAUCUCCUCCAGGUGGUAGAAAGAAAGCUGGAGCUCGAGAUUUUGAUUUUGCAAACACCUCACAAGUAAAGAAUGUUGAAAAGAAGGUUGAUGAAGUGAUUGCUGAGAACAAGAAGCUAGCCGCUGAAAACAAGAAAGUUGCAGAUCGUGAAAGAAUUCUAGAAAUGCGUGUGAAGAAGUUAGAGGGUGAUAACAAAGAGUUGGUGAAAAGGAUUGAUUCUGAUCAGUCAGAGAUAGAUAUCUUAAAGGUGAGAGUUGCUGAGCUUGAGGAAGAGAAAGCUCGACGAGAUGAACAAAAUGAAUACUUCAAGUUAAAGAACAAAGAGCUUGAAGCAGCUAAAGCGUUCAGAGAUCAUGAAUUCUAUAUGCUGAAUAAAGUAGUCGAAAGUAUGCUCGGAACGUCUGUAGAGCAAAAGUUUGAAGAGUUUCAAGUUGAAGAGCUCAGAGCAGAACGUCAAGCUAAAAUUGUUGAACAAAUGAAAGACAAAGGCAAGGGUGUGGAAGGAAGUUCUGCAGUGACAGAAAGAUCGAUUGUUCCUUCUAUGGUUGUUGAAAAUCCCGAGCCUAUCUCUGCAAUAUCUGGUCUUUUUGAGGAUGAGACACCUAUGGACGAGUUAAUCGGUGAUAGUGAUGAGGAAGAUGAUGAGGAGGAGGAUGACGAGGAAGAUGAAAAAGAUGAGAAAGUAUAUUCUACGAGCAGUCAUGGUUCUGACAACGAUGACGACGAUGCUCAGGGUGGUACAGGGUUGAAAGUUACUAAGGCUUCUACUGAAAAGAAUGUAGAUGUUUUGAUGAACGACUCAGUGAACGAAGAAUCAGGGGGAGCUGAUAGACAGGGGGAGUCAGGUGAUGCACAAAAUGUUCAACAUGCUGAGAAGUUGAUUCUGAGAUUGGAUACUUAUCGUGAAGAAGGAGAGCAUUUCCAUACUUACACGUUGGAAGCAAUUAAAGAAAUGACUCGCAUGGUGAAUCCUGACUUUAAGUUCGAUUUUGAAGAAGAAUUGAACGCUGAGUUUGAAGAAGAGUUGAAUGCCUUCGACAUCAACCAACAGCCUGAGUAUGAGUAUAGAUAUGUUGAAGAGGCUGAUAUGUAUGACAGAGUUGAAGUCGAAGAUUGGACGGAUGACGAAAGUGUUAGUGAAGAUACGUCACAGUUGCCAACGUUGAUGGAAUUUUUUACUGAGGAGAAUCGUGAUGAGCUGCGAAGAAAAGUUGCUGAAAUUUUGAAAGAUGUGAAUUUUGACGGCACUCCAAAAGAUAUGGCAAAAGAAGAAAAGAAAAAGUGGUUCAAAGAAAGUCAUGAGAGGAAGUUCAAACGGCCGUUAAAGUACUAUCAACGUGAUAAAAGCGAAGAACGACAUUGCUAUGUGGGGAUUGAUAAAUUCGAGGCUUUGAGAGACUUCAAACACUGGAAGCCACACUAUCCGAAGAGAGUUACAAGAAGAGAUCCAGUGACAGGUGUUGAAGAGACGAUACUGAUUGUGAAAAAGCCUAAAACGAUGAAGACUAUACCAGUGCCAUCAAUGGAGCAAGAGUUUUACAAAGGUUUCAUGGGCUGGAAAAGUAUCAACUCUGAAAGUAAAUGGAAGUCUUCAUGGUGGUCGCUCGAUGAGAAGAUGAAAAGGAAAGCUGCUCGUGAACGUCAAAAGCUUGAUGAGAACAGAGGCAAAUGGAUGCACAUUCAAGCUGAAGAGGAUAAGAAGAGAAAGAAAGAGAACGACAAGAUACGGAAUUUGCUUAGGAAGAAGCCUAAGCAGGACGAAGAAAAGUUUAAGUCGUUGUGA